GCUUACAAACAUGAGUUAGCAGUGAUGUACUGUGACAAAGUGAAAAUGGGAAACUGUCUGAGAUUUUUAAUGAAUAAAUUCUCACAGAGAGGCAGUAACAGAAAUAAUAUUGUACUGAUGAUGACUGGAUUGGACAAUGCGGGCAAAACAACAGUAUUAAAUCGACUGAAUAACGAGUUCGACCCCAAUGUCAUGCCAACUAUGGGCUUCAGAGUCUUGUCCCUGGGGCAUAAGUCAUACGUCAUCAAAGUUUAUGACAUCGGUGGAGCAACACAAAUCAGAGCUAUUUGGAAGAGAUAUUACCACGAUAUUCAUGGUCUGAUUUAUGUGGUGGAUGCUAGUGACAUAUCCAGACUAACUGAAAAUAAAAUAAUAUUUGGUGAAUUAAUAACCAACGAGCAUAUCGCGGGAAAACCAAUAUUAUUACUGGCGAAUAAACAGGAUCGACCCGGUGCAAUUGACGAACUAGAUGUGGUGGAGAAUUUAGAUGUUGAACAUGUUGCCAAUGCAAUGAAGUGCCCAACAAGAGUGGAAUUAUGUUCGGCCACUCUUCCAGCUGAUCCCAAGGUCAGCAGUACAAUGGGAAUCAUCGAGGGUUAUAAGUGGCUAUUGGAUACGAUAUCGAAAAACUAUUCCAUCAUCGAUAAUCGUGUGAAGAUGUCACAAAGUCCGCCGCCUGUAAAUAAUCACCCCCGACCCUCCAUCAUCUCCAUGACCCCCUCGAGAGCCUCAAUCCGAUCAAAUCCAUUCAAACCUAUCAGCCAACUUGUGGGAAAUUCCCAGAAUAAUUCAAUGAAUCAUAGUAAUCAUAUUGAAAAACCAACAACAAAGCUAAAAAAAUUCCUGACAAAAAAUAAAACGGCCCCCAUGCCCCCAACUCAAGCGAUGAGUCGAUCAGAAGAUUUUUUAAAUCAUAUGGAGAGUGAGACUGUUGAGCCCUUUUUCGUGGACGAAAGCAACGACCAAGUGGCACUGGUAACACUCGACCCCCUCGCCCUGAUGACCCACCAGAUGCGACGACCAGAACUACAAAGACCCUUCACAGCCCCGGCAGCGACUAAUGGUAUCUCGACAUUCCUACAAAACAUACCCGGUCAAGUGCCUCAGUGAGAAUGACAAUUUUUUGUACUAAAAACAGCAUUUGUACCUGUUAAAAGUAUAAUAAUCAAUAAAAAACGUAUUCUUCCAAA